AUGGAUUCAGAUCAAGGAAAGCUUUUCGUCGGUGGUAUUUCAUGGGAAACAGACGAAGAGAAGCUUAAAGAGCAUUUCAGCAACUAUGGAGAUGUUUCUCAGGCUAUUGUGAUGAGGGAUAAGCUCACAGGCCGACCUAGGGGUUUUGGGUUCGUUAUCUUCUCGGAUCCUUCUGUUCUCGAAAGGGUUCUUCAAGAGAAACAUCACAUUGAUACCAGAGAGGUUGAUGUGAAGAGAGCCAUGUCAAGAGAGGAGCAGCAAGUCUCUGGAAGACCUGGUAAUUCAUCUAGAGGUUCUUCUGGAGGUGAUGCUCACACUAAAACCAAGAAGAUCUUUGUCGGAGGCUUGCCACCAACUUUGACAGAUGAAGAGUUUCGCCAGUACUUUGAAGUAUAUGGCCCUGUGGCUGAUGUUGUGAUCAUGCAUGACCAGGCUACAAACCGUCCUCGUGGGUUUGGUUUUGUUUCCUUCGACUCUGAAGAUGCGGUAGACCUUGUCUUGCACAAGACUUUCCAUGAUCUGAGCGGUAAGCAAGUUGAGGUAAAGCGUGCUCUUCCUAAAGACGCCAAUCCCGGAGGUGGUGGAAGAGCCAUGGGCGGUGGUGGUGGUUACCAGGGUUAUGGCGGCAAUGAAAGCGGUUACGAGGGACGUAUGGAUUCCAAUAGGUUUUUGCAGCAUCAAAACGUAGGAAAUGGUUUACCGUCUUAUGGUUCUGGUGGUUAUGGCGCUGGGUAUGGAAAUGGUAGUAAUGGUGUUGGGUAUGGUGGCUAUGGAGGUUACACCGGCUCUGCUGGAGGUUAUGGAGCCGGUGCUGCUGCGGCUGCAUAUGGAGCAACGGGCAUGCCAGGUGGCGGUUAUGGGAAUAGUACUGGAGUUCCUCAGAGAAACUCAUGGGAGACUCCAGCUCCUAGUGGUUAUGGAAGCCAAGGCUAUGGGAAUGGUGCUGGAUAUGGAGUUCCUGGUGCAGCUCCUUCUGCGCAGCCACAAUCAGGAUAUAGUAACCAAGCUUACGGAUAUGGAGGGUACAGUGGAAAUGACUCUGGUUAUGGAAAUCAAGCUGCAUAUGGUGCGGUUGGAGGACGCCCUGGUGGUGGCGGUGUUUCAAGCAACCCUGGAAGUGGUGCUGGUGGCUACAUGGGAGGAGGUUAUGGUGAUGGAUCUUGGCGAUCUGACCCGUCACAGGGUUAUGGUGGUGGGUAUGAUGGUCAGGGUCGGCAAGGCUAA